ACAUAUUUCCUAAAUUCCCCUCGUUGCAAUGAACAAUUUGUGGGAUCAAAUUCGACGGUCUCACAAUCUAGGGUACUAUCUCGCCGACGGUAUUUAUCCUCGAUGGGCGACUUUCUUGAAAACUGUUCGAAAUCCUACACGCCCCAAGGAAAUCGAGUUUGCAAAGGCUCAAGAGGGGUAUAGGAAGGAUGUAGAAAGAUGUUUUGGUAUAUUACAGUCACGGUUUGGUAUUAUUCGAGGAGCUGCUCGUCGGUGGCAUAAAGAGGACCUUCGAUACAUUAUGUUGACGUGUAUUAUAUUACACAACAUGAUUGUCGAAAAUCAACGACCUGAAGAUAGCGAUGAUGAGUUGGAGUCCGAUGAUGAGGAGGAUAAUAAUAUGAGGCCCAGGAUUGCUGAGGUAUGGGAGGGACCAACCGGUAGAGACUUUGAUCCUGUUGGUAGAGAUGCUCAUCAUAUGAACGGAUUCAUGGACCGCUACCAACAAAUUAGAUCUGAGCACUGUCACUCCAACCUUCAGGAAGACCUCAUUCAACACUUUUGGGAAUUUCAAGGCAAUAUGCGUAUCUAGAUCUGCUAUUU